AAGUUCGCCGCUAGCUUAUAAUUCCCUAUAAUGCUCCAGACAGUUUGCUGGCUCACAUUGCACGUUGUCAUCUCCUUCGCUUGCCUGCUAUGGCCCAGGAUGAAACACUGCAACCUACAACUUGAACAUACACUGCAUAUACACGUCCUGUACUCUCGAUUUCUCCACGGGGCUCCUUCACUCAUCCCCAGGUCCGAGCACGACCCUCGGCGGGAUGACCUCAAUCCAAUACCCAUCAGGAUCCAAGAUGAACGCGAUUUCCUUCAUCCGGCCGUCCGUCAGCUUCUUCUUGAACGUGACGCCCAGCUUCUCGAAGCGCUCGCACGCGGCGGCGACGUCGGGGACGGUGAUCGCGAUGUGGCCGAAGCCCUUGCCCGGGUCGCUGUUUCCUGAGGCGUAACCGGAGAAGGAGGAGUCCGACUCGGUGCCGUGGUUGUGCGUCAGCUCGAGCACGCCUUCACGGUUGAAACGUGAGUCUUUGAGCCCCUUGGCGGGGUGGGUGCCCCCGGAGUGGUCGUAUGCGAGGAAGUAGAGUGUGAAGGAUUCGAACUUGUAGUCUAGGGUCCGGAGUCUCCGUGAGCGCCAACAAGCGAUCUCUGGCGGAAGAGCGUACGGGAGAGAAGCGUCAUGCCCAACACCUCGGUGUAGAACUUUAUCGACACCUCCGGGUCCUUCACCCGGACCAUGGUGUGGUUAAACUG